AUGGAGAUAUAUACACGAGAUCUGGUGGUGCAUUUGCCAAAAGACGGUCGCCGAGACGAGAGUAUAGGCCAGCCGGUGUUCAGUGACCCUGCUAAAAAGGGAGUACUGAUUUGUAAGCUUAGAAAGCACCAAGAACUGAGACUGAAAUGUAUAGCCAAAAAAGGUAUUGCCAAAGAACAUGCCAAAUGGUCGCCAGUGGCGGCUGUGGGAUUCGAAUACGACCCAUGGAACAAACUGCAUCACACGGACUAUUGGUACGAAGAGAGCAUUGAAGAAGAAUGGCCCAAAAGCAAGAACGCCGACUGGGAAGAGCCACCUAAAGAAAACGAACCUUUUGAUUACACCGCCAAACCCGAUAAAUUCUACUACACUGUUGAAACGGUGGGUUCGCUGAAACCCAACGAAGUAGUCGAGCGCGGGAUUCGCGUGCUGCAAAAUAAACUGGCCGAAAUCGUGCUUGCUGUCGACAAACUCGAUGGCCGUGGUCCUGGCAUGGACCUCGGAGGCGGAGCGACCGGCCGUCACGGCGGAGCCACCGAUUACGGCGGUGCUACAACCAACAUGGGCAAUUACGGCUCGCCCCGCAUGGACGGCAACCAAUGGUUCUAA